AUGCCGACAAACUGUUUAUCAUGCGGUACGCCGGCGAGCAGAAACAAACCAGCUGUUCAAUGUUGUUCAUGCGUCAACGAGGUUCAUCAGGCUUGCCUGGGAAUUCCCCCUGAUACGUUGAAGACGUCCGGAAGUAAUGGGAGGAUGAGGUGGAUGUGUGAUGACUGCUGCACAAGGAAUAGUGAGUUUCCACGUUCUUGUAAUUUUGAUGCCAAGCUUGAUAAAAUCAUGUCCGACUUGGCUGCUAUUACGAAGCAGCAGGCUGGAUUCAUUGAGUCACUCAAUUUUUUUGGCGGUAAAAUAGACGAUGUUGAGUCGAAAAUGAAAGUUUUUGAGAGCAUGAAUUCCAGACUGCAGAAACAUGAUGCAGAGCUGAAAAAUCUUAGGGAUGGAAAUGCUGAAUUGAGACGGGAAAUGAAUGGGUUGCAGCAGCAGCUCAAAUCAAAAAAUUUGGAUAUUAUAGGAGUACCAGAAAAGAAAAAUGAAAACAUAUUAACCAUUGUCGAGAACAUUGCCUCUAAGCUUGGUAUUUCGGAUGUGAGAAAUUUUAUAGAAGGUUGCUAUAGAAUACACUUCAUGCCUAAAAAUGAUGCGAGAUCUAGACCGAUUGUCAUUGAUUUUAAGAGUAAAUCAUACAGAGACGCCUUUUUACGCGCUUAUAAGGGGAACAAAGAAAAGAUUCGAACAAGCGAUAUCGGCUUUGAUGGCACUGAAAAGACCAUCUAUGUCAAUGAAAGUCUUUCUCCCUAUUAUAGAAAAUUAUUCAACACCACUCGACAGUUCUGUAGGGAAAAUAGUUAUAAAUAUUGCUGGAUUCAGGACGGCAGGCUGUUAGUGAGAAAAGAUGAUUCCUCUAAGAUCUCGCACAUUGCUUCCGAGGAUGAUGUGGACAGGCUGCCCAGGAGCAACCUGGACAGGUUGCCUGAGGACUAA